AUACAUUGUUAUUGUAGAAAUUGUUCACUGGAAACUAUGGGUAUGCUUAAUAAUCAGGGAGUGGUUGAACAAAUUAUAGUAUAUUAAUAGUAUAUUAUUGUACCUUUAGUCUCUUUCUCCCUGCUCUAGUUUCCCUAUUCCAUAUCUACUACUCUGGCUUCACUUGCAUCCAUACCCACCUUGACUCUCUAGGUUGCUACUUUAAUGAUUUGCUUGCCACUAUUUUGGAGUCCUUCAUCCAUGGGAUUCCCGACUUCAGAGAAUAAUAGAAUUUCACAACUGAAAAAAGACCUCAGAGUGCAAUCCAUACUUAAAACAGAAUUCCCUCUAUUACAUCUCUAUAAAAUCUCUAGUCAUCUUCUAGCCCCCAGUGGAAGAUUUCUAGCCUUCAGAAAGCAGCACAUUCUACUUUGUAAUAGCUCAGAUUAGGCUUCUUUCCCAUUACAUACCACACCAAAAUCUACCGCUUUUCCUAUUUUCUAUUUCCUUUGGUUCCAAGCAAAACAAGUAUAAACUUUGUGUCAAACGUUCGUGGGAAGGGGAAAGAGGCGAGGAGAAGGGAAGAAGAAAAAAUCUUCUAUUGAGCAUCCUUUGAUGAAAAUCUAUGUGCGGGUUCAGUGAAAAUUCCAACACGGCGGCGUGCUCUUUAGUUCUCCCGCGCUCCCGGCAGGGGUCGCCAGGCAAUCUCUGCCACUUACCAAGGUCCACGGCUCCUGGCAGGACCCUUACCCCAUCCCUCCUCCUCCUCUCCCGCACCAUUUGACUGAAGGCCGCGCAAAAGGCCGAAAACCCUCCGUCUUAGCGAAGCGGGCCGUGUGCCGCAGUGCAGCAGCAGCAGCCGCCGCCGGGGAGCCUCGAGCUGUUGCCUCACCAGCCAGAGAAAUGGUCUUCGUCGUCACUGUCGCGUUGCGUGGGUGGCGGGCCAGCCGGACGCCUCACUUGACCGCGGGCCGUGGCUUCUCCGCUUGGGCCUCCAGCCCCGGGAGAAGCUCGACCGAAGGAGGGCGUCGCCGUCCUUUCUAGCCUUGGGACAGGUCCUGCCGCCGGCUCGGGGCCCCGCCGUACCCUCUGCUUAGCUUCCAGUCCUCUCUCCCUGUACCUGCUAGAGGCGGGAGCCACUGACCUUGGAGGGUUUAGAGCAGUCUUAGGGGUGCCGGGACCCUUCGGAGCCCGAGGGCAGGAAUACGCCCCUCGGGAGGAGCGUGUUUUUAUCCUUAGGCUCAGAACUGAGGAAUGUGAGCCCCUGAUCGGUUUGAUGCUUAUUGCCCGACUGUGCAGAAGUGGCGGCGGCGGGGGAAGUGCCGGACACUCACCGCGGCCCUGACGCGGCUCUCACCGGGCAGCGGGCUCUCAUCGGGCAGCGGGCCCUCACCGGAGGCAGCUGGCAGAGCCACUGAAACAACAGGCGCGGAGCAUCCACUCCGAGGAAAACAGAAGUGCCCGGACAACAGGAGCCUAUUGUGGACAGAAGAUCAGAUGGCAGCUGGAGGUGAAAAUAAUUUUGUUAGUAGGGUGAUGAUCCUGACAUCUUCAGCAAGUCAGUUAAUAAACAUUUAUUAAAUGCCUGCUAUAUGCCAGACCUUGUAAUAAGUGCUGGGGGAGACGAAGGAAGGCAGAAGACGGUUUCUGCCUUGAAGGAGCUCCCAGUCCAACGAAGGACACAAAACCAAUAUGUCGAAUGAGCUAUACACAAUAAGAGAUAAUCAACUGAAAGAAGGCACCAGAAUUAAGAGGGAUUAGAAAAGGCAUCCAGUAGAAGGAGGAGGGAUUUUUAGGGAGCGCUUAAAGCCAGGAGGCAGAGGUGAGGAGAGAAGGAGUUCCCAGAAUGGAGGACCGCCAAGGGCAGGAAGGGCAAUGUCUUGUGUUGAGGAACAACCAGGAGACCAGUGUCACUGAAUCGAAGAAUAAGAGGAGCAUGGGGGGAAGUGGGACAAGCGCCGGCGGCCGAGGGUCCGGGCCACCACGCGGGUGAGGGGAGAUGCCGCUGCUGCACCGAAAGCCGUUUGUGAGGCAGAAGCCGCCGGGGGACCUGCGGCCCGACGAGGAAGUUUUCUACUGUAAAGUUACCAACGAGAUCUUCCGCCACUAUGAUGAUUUUUUUGAACGAACUAUUCUGUGUAAUAGUCUUGUGUGGAGCUGUGCUGUGACUGGCAAACCUGGACUCACCUAUCAGGAGGCUCUCGAAUCAGAGAAAAAAGCAAGACAGAAUCUUCAGAGUUUUCCAGAACCACUAAUUAUUCCAGUUUUAUACUUGACUACCCUUACCCAUCGCUCAAGACUGCAUGAAAUUUGUGAUGAUAUCUUCGUUUAUGUCAAGGAUCGUUAUUUUGUUGGAGAACUUGUUGAAGUAGUUAGGAACAAUGGUGCAAGAUUACAGUGUAAAAUAUUGGAAACUAUCUCUCCAUCACAUCUCAAUGGGAUUGCUAAUGGACAUAUCAGCAGUACAGAUGGAGAAACAAUUAUCAUCAGUGAUAGUGAUGAAUCGGAAACACACAAUGGUUCACCACAAAAUGGGAAGAAAAAAUCCACAGUUGAUCCCUCAUUGGUCAAGUACAAGGUGCAACCCAUUAAAAAGGAAUUAUAUGAACCAGUUGUAGUUAAAGCAUCUCAAAUAAGCCGGCGGAAACAUCUCUUUUCUCGUGAUAGACUAAAGCUUUUUCUGAAGCAACAUUGUGAACCACAUGAUGGAGUCAUUAAAAUUAAGGCAGCAUCUCUUACAAAAUAUAAAAUAGCAGAACAGCAUUUUUCCUACUUCUUCCCUGAUGAUCCACCCACAUUUGUCUUUAGUCCUGCAAGUAGACGAAGAGGGAGGCCUCCCAAACGAAUAUCUAUUAGUCAUGAGGAUGGAGUUGCUGGUAAGAAAACUGUUCAAGGAAAUGGGAAUAAAGCUACAAAGGAAAGAGAGAGACUUCUCAAACAAAAAGAAGAAAUGAAAUCUUUAGCUUUUGAAAAGACAAGAUUAAAAAAAGAAAAGGCUAGUGCCAUAGAAGCCAAGAAAAAAGAAAAGGAAUAUAAAGAGAAAAAGAAGGAAGAAUUAAAGAAAAUUGUUGAAGAAGAAAGAUUGAAGAAGAAAGAAGAGAAAGAGAGACUUAAACUAGAAAAAGAAAAGGAAAGAGAGAAGUUGCGUGAAGAAAAAAGAAAGUAUAUAGAAUAUUUAAAGCAGUGGAGCAAACCUAGAGAAGAUAUGGAAUGUGAUGAUCUCAAGGAACUUCCAGAACCUACUCCAGUGAAAACCAGACUGCCCCCUGAGAUCUUUGGUGAUGCUCUAAUGGUGUUAGAGUUUCUUCAUGCAUUUGGGGAGCUUUUUGACCUUCAAGAUGAGUUUCCCGAGGGAGUAACUCUAGAGGUUUUAGAGGAAGCUCUUGUGGGAAAUGAUAGUGAAGGCCCACUAUGUGAAUUGCUUUUUUUCUUCCUCACUGCCAUCUUUCAAGCAAUAGCUGAAGAAGAAGAAGAAGUAGCCAAAGAACAAAUAACUGAUGCUGACACCAAAGAUUUAACAGAGGCUUUGGAUGAAGAUGCAGACCCCACAAAAUCUGCACUGUCUGCAGUUGCAACUUUGGCAGCUGCAUGGCCACAGUUACACCAGGGCUGCAGUUUGAAAAGCUUGGAUCUUGAUAGCUGCACUCUUUCUGAAAUCCUCAGACUUCACAUCUUAGCAUCAGGUGCUGAUGUAACAUCAGCAAAUGCAAAAUAUCGUUAUCAGAAACGGGGAGGAUUUGAUGCAACAGAUGAUGCCUGUAUGGAACUUCGUUUAAGUAAUCCUAGUCUAUUGAAGAAACUUUCAAGCACUUCAGUAUAUGAUUUGUUACCAGGGGAGAAGAUGAAGAUACUUCAUGCUCUCUGUGGGAAACUAUUGACCCUCGUCUCCACUAGGGAUUUUAUUGAAGACUAUGUAGACAUAUUAAGACAGGCCAAGCAGGAGUUUCGGGAGCUCAAAGCAGAGCAACAUCGAAAAGAGAGGGAAGAAGCAGCAGCCAGGAUUCGUAAAAAGAAAGAAGAAAAACUUAAAGAGCAAGAACAAAAGAUGAAAGAAAAAGAAGAAAAACUUAAGGAAGAAGAACAAAGAAAUCCUACUGCAGAAGUAUCUACUGGGGAAGAAGAGCGAGAAGAUCUUGAUACUAGCACUGAAAGUAAAGAAAUUGAACAGAAGGAACAGGAUCAGGAUACAGCCACAGAAGAUGAAGAAGAGUUGGUACUUCAUAAAAGAAGAAGGGGAAAAAGAGGGCAGAAUGAAUUUAAAGAAUUCUUAAGUCAAGAAGAUUCUGGCUACUCAAAGACUGAACCACUUACUGCUGAUGAAGAAGAAACUUUAAAACAAGAACAACAAAAAAAGGAGAAAGAUCUUUUAGAAAAAAUUCAAAGUGCCACAGCCUGUACCAAUAUUUUCCCCUUAGGUCGUGACCGCAUGUAUAGGCGUUACUGGAUUUUCCCUUCUGUUCCUGGAUUGUUUAUAGAAGAAGAUUAUUCUGGUCUCACUGAAGACAUGUUGUUGCCUAAGUCAUCAUUUCAAAAUAAUGUACAGUCUAUAGUGAUGAGUGAACUUCAAGAACCAACUAAAACUGCAGAGUCUUUUAAGUGUGAAUCUACCUCCAGUAUUGACUCUACCCAAAUACCAAGACCAGUGCAUAAGCCAAAUCGGUGGUGUUUUUAUAGUUCUCGGGAGCAGCUAGACCAACUAAUUGAAGCUCUUAAUUCCCGAGGAUAUAGAGAGAGUGCCUUAAAAGAAACUCUUCUACAAGAAAAAAGUAGAAUUUAUGAACAGCUGGCCAAUUUUUCUGAGGAAAAGUUUCAUAUUCCAGAUAAACUUCAGAAUGAUAGCAAACCUAUUUGUGGCCGAGGAAAAAUAUCAAAUACACAUGAUACAUUCCAGAUAUCUGCAGAAAAGCAACUUGAAUUGAGGCUUAGAGAUUUUCUUUUGGACAUUGAAGAAAGAAUCUACCAAGGAACACUAGGGGCAGUGAAGGUUACAGACAGACAAACUUGGAGAGCAGCCUUAGAAAAAGGACGGUAUGAGCUACUAAGUGAGGAAAACAAGGAAAAUGGGAUCAUUAAGUCUGUGAAUGAAGCUGUGGAAGAAAUGGAAAUAGAUGAUCAAGCAAAGUUCAUUGUAAAAGACAGACUGCUUGGAGCCAAAACUGAAGUGCCAAAUACUGUUUCAGCCAAUACAAACACACCACAACCAGUCAGUAAAGUGGUUCAUUACCUGGCAACUGCACUACUUCAAAUAGAGCAAGGCAUUGAGCGUCGAUUCCUCAAAGCACCACUUGAUGCCAGUGACAGUGGACGUUCUUACAAAACAGUCCUGGAUCGUUGGAGAGAGUCUCUUCUUUCUUCUGCUAGUCUGUCCCAAGUCUUUCUUCAUCUUUCUACCUUGGAUCGUAGUGUCAUCUGGUCCAAGUCUAUACUAAAUGCUCGUUGUAAGAUAUGUCGAAAGAAGGGUGAUGCUGAAAGCAUGGUGCUUUGUGAUGGCUGUGAUCGAGGUCAUCAUACCUAUUGUGUUCGGCCAAAGCUCAAGACUGUACCUGAAGGAGACUGGUUCUGUCCAGAGUGUCGACCAAAGCAACGUUCUAGACGACUUUCCUCUAGACAGAGACCAUCUGUAGAAAGUGAUGAAGAGACUGUAGAACAGAUGGAAAAUGAAGAAGAAACAGAUUAUGAUGAAAUAGGGCAGAGUGAGGAAGAGGAGUAUGAGGUGGAGCAGGAUGAAGAUGAUGAUUCUCGAGAAGAAGAAGAAAUGACCCCACCCAAACGAGGAAGACCACAGCUUAGAUUUCCAAUAAAAACAAGAGGCAGACUCAAUACUUCUUUUUCAAGUCGUGGUGGUCAGCGACAGGACUCUGGAAGAUAUACUUCACGGAAUCAACACAGUAUACUCAAACCAACUGGAUCUUCAUCUAAAACUACUGGAAGACAUCCAAGAAAGAUAAAGUCUGCUCCUCCUACGGAAACUAAAGCAUCUUUAAGACUUACCAGCCGUUCAACUCGUCAGAGUCAUGGUUCAUUACAAGCUGAUGUGUUUGUGGAACUAAUUAGUCCUCGUAGAAGGCGUAGAGGCAGGAAGUCUACUAAAAAUACACCAGAGAACAGUCCUUCCAACUUCUCUAACUUUAGAGUCAUUGCUACAAAGUCAAGUGAAGAAGCAGGACUUCUGCAUUCUACGCCUAAACUUUCUGUUCAGGAUAGAGAACCUAAGAGAAGAGGCAGAAAGAGACAAUCCACAGACUCAUCUCCUAAGACAUUGAAUCGAAGGAGUUCGGGCAGACAGGGUGGAGUCCAUGAAUUGUCUGCUUUUGAACAACUUGUUGUAGAACUAGUACGACAUGAUGACAGCUGGCCUUUCUUGAAACUGGUUUCCAAGAUACAGGUACCAGACUACUAUGAUAUCAUCAAAAAACCUAUUGCCUUAAAUAUAAUCCGUGAAAAAGUGAACAAAUGUGAAUAUAAACUAGCUUCUGAGUUUAUUGAAGAUGUUGAGUUAAUGUUCUCAAACUGCUUUGAGUACAACCCUCGUAAUACAAGUGAAGCAAAAGCUGGAACGAGACUUCAAGCAUUUUUCCACAUUCAGGCCCAAAAGCUUGGACUGCAUGUUACACCUGGUAAUCUGGACCACACUAUGCCUCCAGCUGCAAAAAAGUCACGAAUAUAACUUUGUCCUUCUGAAGGAUUUAUUCUGAGGAAAACCUAAUGCUAUUCAUGAAAAUGGAAUAUUAAAUCAUGCUUAAAGCAGUCAUGUCAUAAAGCAAUAACAACUCUUUAACCACCUUGAAGUGUGGCCUGCACUAUGUUCUCAAAUUUUAAUAUUAAGCACUCAGGAGAAUGUAGGAAAGAUUUCCUUUGCUACAAUUUUGUUCGUUGUCUGUUUGAUAGAUGUAUUGGAUACAGUACUGGUUUACAGAGGUUUUUACGUAUUUUAAAGAUCAUUCAUGUGUCCAAGUAUCUUGCAAAAAUGAUUUUUUUCUACACCUUUGACUCUUUUUUCAUCUUUUACUUUUUUCUAGACUCUGGCAUUGUUGGGGGUUUUAUACAAUGAAAUCUACUUUAGCACAGUUUAGAAAUUGUAAAUGACUAAGAAUUGUUUUAUGGAGCACAUUCUUUGAACACUACACAUGAAUGAGUACAAUUUUUUUGCAUAUCAAUAAAAAGUGCUGUACCAGUGCUAGCUGGAGGUAUUCAGUUGGAGUUUGUUAAGUAGAUAUUUAUUUAGUAUUCAAAGAAAUUUGUGAAUUUGUUUUUGUAUUUAUAAAAUUUGUACCUGGAAAAAGUUCCUUAAUUUUUUUUUUAAUUUACUGUGUUUUUGUUUAUUCCUCUAACUUUUUCUAAUGAUCAACCGAAAAAGGUAACAACCCUCCCUUUUCCCUGGCAGUUCUUCCAGCGAUAAGUAGCUUCUACAGAACUGUAUUAUAAGUUUCAAUGUACAACUUUUUAAGUGUACAAAUAAAAUGAUACAUUUUUCAAAGUA